AUGAGCGGUGUUCGCCGCCACGUCGGAUUCCUGCUCCUGGCUGAAGCGGUGCUUUGUGCUGCCGCCACACGGUUUCAAGAUGUGCUGAGCCAUGGAAGAACUUCUCCUGUCACAUCCUAUAAGAAGCUACAAGGCUGGUCUAGUGAUCAAAAUAAAUGGAAUGAAAAGCUUUAUCCUUUCUGGGAAGAAGGAGAUCCCAGAUGGAAGGACUGCUGGAAAGGCGGAAGGGUGACAGCCAAAUUGGACACUGAUAGCCCAGCACUGGUAGGAUCCAACGUGACCUUUGUUGUGACUCUCCAGUUUCCCAAGUGCCAGAAAGAAGAUAGCGAUGGCAACAUAAUAUACGAGAGGAACUGUACCCAGGACCCUCCAACUUCCCAGGAUCAGCAAGUCUAUGUCUACAACUGGACUGAAUGGAUCGACAGCUGUGGCUGGGAAAACUGCACAAGCAACCACAGCCAUAACGUAUUCCCAGAUGGGAGACCUUUCCCUCAUUAUCCUGGCUGGAGGAGAAGAAACUUUGUCUACGUGUUUCACACAUUUGGUCAGUACUACCAAACAACUGGAAGAUCUUCAGCAGUGUUUUCAGUGAACACAGCAAAUAUCACUCUGGGCAAACACGUGAUGGCGGUAUCCAUUUACAGGAGAGGGCACUCAGCAUACGUUCCAAUUGCAAGAGCAAGUGCCGUUUACGUUGUAACAGACAAAAUUCCAAUAUUUGUGAGUAUGUUCCAAAAACAUGACCGCAACAUCUCAGACUCCAUUUUUAUCAAAGACUCACCAAUCACGUUUGAUGUGAAGAUCCAUGAUCCCAGCUACUACCUUAAUAAUUCUGCCAUCUCCUACAAGUGGAACUUUGGAGAUGGAAGUGGCUUAUUUGUAGUCAGCAGUUCUACGACAUCUCACACCUAUACUCUGCAAGGAAACUUUACUCUGAAUUUAACUGUCCAAGCCAUCAUACCUGUACCUUGCAGGCCAGUAACACCCACUGCCCCGCUGCCGACCUCAGCAGUAACGACCGGAGCAUCUUCCAAUUCAGACUUUUCUACCACUGUCGAGUCAAUGGAAGAUAAUCCUGAUGGAGGCUGCCAUAUUUACAGAGAUGGAUACUAUAGAACUGGUAUCUCUAUUGUAGAGGGAAUCCUUGAGGUAAAUAUUAUUCAGAUGACGAGCAUCCAGACGACAGAAAGUCAAGCUGAAAACUCACUGGUUGACUUUGUCAUUACCUGCCAAGGGAGCCUCCCCACAGACGUCUGCACAGUAGUUUCUGACCCCACGUGCCAGGUGUCCAAGAGUGUGGUGUGCGACCCCAUCACCGUCACCGAUGAAUGUUUACUCACCAUCAGAAGAGCUUUUGAGGAACCUGGAACAUACUGUAUAAACAUCACCUUGGGGGAUGACACAAGCCAAGCCCUUGCCAGCGCACUGAUUUCCGUAAAUGGCGGAUCAUCAUCAGGAACAACAGAAGGUGUCUUUAUCUUCCUUGGUUUGUUGGCAGUGUUUGCCGCCAUUGGGGCUUUUGUCCUUUACAAGAGAUACAAGCAAUACAAGCCUAUUGAGAGAAGCGUGGGACAAGCAGAGAACCAGGAGGGACUAACUGCUCACUUCAGCAAUUUCAAAGCAAUUUUCUUCCCUAGUAGCACUGAGAGAAAUCCUCUGCUGAAAAGCAAACCAGGCAUUGUUUAAAUCUUUAGUCUACCCCUGACUACUAGAUUACGUACAGGACACAUCUGAACUGUACUUUGACAGGGUUUUCUUGUUGUUAUAAAAAAACAGGGUGCAAGGUGAAAGCACAUAUAGAUGGGAUGGUAACUUUUGGGGGCUUGGUGCAAUUAGAAAUAUUAAAAUAGUCCUUUGUAGAAAACAAUGAGGCAGUUAGCACUUGCUGUUCUUACUUGUGAUCUAGGGUAUGCUCUUAUGAAUAACACACAC